CCUGCCUGGAGCUUGUCCCCGGAUUCCACCGUCAAGUCACCUCACCUUGCCUAAACCUCUCUCGUUUUGCGACAGUUUGAAUACCUGAUCGAAUGACCUAUUUAUUGACUGAUAUAGUCUACGCAAAACACCAAAAUUCAUCUCCCCUGGGAUACUGAGUUCUCCAAGAUAACCACUACAACAUCCGAAUUCUAUUGCAACGAACAACAAAUCACCAUGGCGCCGUCCGCGUCAAUCAUCACCAAAAUCAAGGUGCAGCUGAAGCUGUCAAUCGCGAGGCUACGCAUGGUCCAGCAGCGGGAUGAGGCGGCGUCCAAGGUCCAACGACGGGCCAUGGCGCAGCUACUAGACCAGGGCAAGAUCGACUCGGCCCGCAUCCGGGUCGAAAAUAUCAUUCGGUCCGACAUACAGGUGGAGCUGUACGAGAUGCUCGAGCUUUACUGCGAGCUGCUCCUGGCGCGCGCCGGCCUGCUCGACGCCCCAACCUGCGACCCGGGUCUCGAGGAGGCCGCCAAGAGCGUCAUCUACGCCGCCGGCAAGACCGAGAUCAAGGAGCUGCAGGCCGUCCGGCAGCUCCUGGGCGACAAGUUCGGCAAGGAGUUCGUCCUGGUCGCCACCAACAACUCGGACGGCAAGGUGUCGGAGAAGGUGGUCAAGAAGCUGAGCGUCACGCCGCCGCGCGAGGAGCUGGUGGCGGGAUACCUCGAGGAGAUUGCGAGGGCGUAUGGCGUUAACUGGCCGAGGAGGGUAGAGCAGGAGCAGGAUGAGGAGGAGGAGGAAGAAGACGAGCCCAAGUUUGUCGACGAUGCGGGUGAAGGUGGUGGUGGCCAGGCGCAAAAGGCUGACGGUGAUGCUGCUGUUGCUGCUGCUGCUGCUGAUGCGGACAAGGCCGCGCCACCAAAAUCAGCCGUACAACCCCUCCAAGUCAGCCCUCCCAGCCCCUCUACAGAAAACAUCCGGCCCAAGGUUACGCUCAACAAGAUGGAGCUCAAGCCGAGCAAGAAGAUGGUAGAUGCCGGCCUUGCCAAGAAGCCGACGGCAGGUGGUGCAAGCAAGCCCAGUGGCGACAUCAGAGACGGUAUACCCAACGUGGACGACCUUGCAAAGAGGUUUGCCGCAUUGAAAAGAUGACACAGGCGCGUAGAUUUUCAAGGCUAACACCUGUAUCCCACCCUCGUCCCUCAUUCUAUGUAGGCAUCUAGUCAGAUAAGCAAGUACACAGGCACGAAAAUAACAUGUAAAUAAAUAAACAAAGCAGGUAUAUAGGUAAAAGAACUACACCAGGUAGGUAAAGUAAGCAGUGAAAUUUGGA